AUGUCGUUCCGCUCCUUCCAAAUGGGCUCCAGGUGUGGCAGUCGGAGUUUCAGCUCAUGCUCGGCUGUCAUGCCCCGGGUGGUCACCCACUAUGAAGUGAGCAAGGGGCCAUGCCGGCCUAGCAGUGGUGGGGGACUCCGAGUCCUGGGCUGCCUUGGUUCCCGGAGCCUGUGCAAUGUGGGCUUCGGGAGGCCUAGAGUCGCUUCUAGGUGUGGCUUGCCUGGCUUUGGGUAUCGAGCAGGUGUAACCUGUGGACCUUCUACUUGCAUCACUCCUGUCACCAUUAAUGAGAACCUUCUAGUCCCACUGGCCCUGGAGAUUGACCCAACGGUACAGAGGGUGAAAAGGGACGAGAAGGAGCAGAUCAAGUGCCUCAACAACCGCUUUGCAUCCUUCAUCAACAAGGUGCGGUUUCUGGAGCAGAAGAACAAGCUGCUGGAGACAAAGUGGAACUUCAUGCAGCAGCAGAGGUGCUGCCAGAGCAACAUGGAGCCCAUCUUCGAGGGCUACAUCUGUGCCCUGCGGAGGGAACUGGACUGCAUGUCCGGGGAGCACGGGAGGCUGGAGGCAGAGCUCUGCAGUGUCCAGGAUGCAGUGCAGAGCUACAAAAAAAAGUAUGAAGAGGAGCUCUCCCUGCGUCCUUGUGCUGAGAAUGAGUUUGUCGCCCUGAAGAAGGAUGUGGACACAGCCUUCUUGGUGAAGGCUGACCUGGAGACCAACGUGGAGGCUCUAGAGCUGGAGAUAAACUUCCUGAAAAAUUUGUUUGAAGAGGAGAUGGCGCUGCUGCAGUCUCAGAUCUCAGAGACAUCGGUCAUCGUGCAGAUGGACAACAGCCGGGAUCUGGUCGUGGAUGACAUCAUUACUGAAAUCAAGGCCCAGUAUGAAGAAAUCUCCAGGCGUAGCAAAGCAGAAAUGGAGGCCUGGUACCAGCGCCAGUACGAGGAGCUGAGGGCGACAGCUGGGAACCACAGCGACAACCUCCGCAACCGCAAGAAUGAGAUCUUGGAAAUGAACAAGCUGAUCCAGAGGCUCCAGCAAGACACUGAGGCUGUGAAGGCUCAGCGCUGCAAAUUUGAGGGGGCCAUAGCUGAGGCGGAGCAGCAGGGAGAGGCGGCCCUCAACGAUGCCAAGUGCAAGCUGGCAGGGCUGGAGGAGGCCCUGCAGAAGGCCAAGCAGGACAUGGCCUGCCUGCUCAAGGAGUACCAGGAGGUCAUGAACUCCAAGCUGGGCCUGGACAUCGAGAUCGCCACCUACAGGCGCCUGCUGGAGGGCGAGGAGCACAGGCUGUGUGAAGGCAUUGGCCCCGUGAACAUCUCCGUAAGCAGCUCCAAAGGUGCCAUCCUGUACGAGCCAUGUGUGAUCAGCACACCCAUGCUGAGGCCCGAGUACUGCACAGGAGGCACCAGUGUCGUCAGGAGCAGUGGAGGCUGCAGCAUGGUGGCCACUGGCGAACUCUAUAUCCCCUGCGAGCCCCAGGGCCUUGCGGGCUGUGGGAGUGGGAGGCUCUCUGGCAUGAAGCUGGGGGUGGGGGGCAGCUCCUGUGGCCACUAG